AUGGCUUCGCAAGAAGCUGCAGUGACCAAGGCGGGGGCCGAGCCCCGUGAGGAGCCGGUGGAAGAGUCUGAGCAGCAGCAGCCCAAGAAGGAGCUGUAUCCCAUGGUGAACUGGAAAUACGACCUGUUUCUCUACGGGAUGGGGAAUCUCGUCAACCUCUUCUUCAGAGAAGUCGUGCCGCGGGGCUCGUGGAGGGUUCCGCAGACGGGGCCUGUGCUUUUUGUCGCCGCGCCACAUGCAAACCAGUUUGUCGACGCCAUCCUCCUGCAACGGACGCUGCGACUGGACGCCAACCGACGAAUCUCCCUCUUGAUUGCGCAAAAGUCCGUCCAUGGCUUCAUUGGCUGGGGAUCCCGCCAGGUCGGCUCCGUCCCCGUCGGGCGAGCGCAAGAUGCCGCAAAGCCCGCGACGGGCCUCAUCUACCUCCCGGACCCGAUCAACGACCCGACGCUGGUGCGAGGUGUGGGAACAAAGUUUGGUGUGGGCGAGGGAGAGCCACAGGGCAUGCUGUUCCUGCCGCCGGGCAAGAAGACGUCUGGCGAGAGUGUCAACAUUGACCAGAUCCUCGGCCCCGAGGAGAUUCGCAUCAAACGGCCGUUUAAGACUGCGCUGGCUUUGAAGCAGCUCACCGGACGAGAUGAUAUCGACAAGGAGGGCCGGUUUACUGACAAGUCAGUCAGCGGCUCUGCGCCGGGAUACAAGGGGACCAAGUUCAAGCUUGCGCCGCAUACCGACCAGACCAAGGUGUACGAGGCUGUCUUUGCGCGACUGAGGAAUGGCGGGUGUGUCGGUAUCUUUCCUGAAGGUGGUAGCCACGAUCGCUCCGAGCUGCUUCCUCUCAAAGCCGGUGUGGCCAUCAUGGCCUUGGGAGCGCUGGCCGAUGCACCCAACUGUGGUCUCAAGAUUGUGCCCGUGGGCAUGAACUACUUCCACCCUCACAAGUUCCGCUCGCGCGCUGUCAUUGAGUUCGGAGCCCCCUUUGAGGUCCCGCCGCAUCUGGUUGAAAUGUACCAGAAUAAUCAGCGAAGAGAGGCAAUCGGCCAGCUUAUUGACACCGUCUACCAAGCCCUCAGCUCUGUGACCGUCUCAGCCCCUGAUUACGAUACUCUGAUGAUGAUCCAGGCUGCGCGAAGGCUCUACAACCCCACCGGCAAGAAGCUACCUUUGCCAGUAGUGGUGGAGCUGAACCGCCGUUUGGCAUUGGGCUACGAGCGCUACAAGACCGACGAGAGGAUUACCAGCCUGUCCAAGAGCGUCAAGGACUACAACUCGCAGCUGCGCUAUCUCAACCUGAGGGACCACCAGGUGCAGUACGCUACUAUGUCCAUCUGGAAGGUCAUUGUGCUCUUCAUCUACCGCUCCAUCAAGCUACUGAUCCUCUUCCUCUGCACUGUGCCGGGCCUGCUUCUGUUCUCACCAGUCUUUGUGGCUACAAAGAUCAUCAGCAGGAAUAAGGCUAAAGCGGCGUUGGCGGGCUCAACCGUCAAGAUCCGCGGGCGCGACGUCAUGGCUACGUGGAAGAUCCUCGUUGCCUGCGGACUGGCCCCGACGCUUUACCAUGGUUACUCGAUUGCUGUGGUCGCUAGGGCGUGGUACGACCACCUCUGGGGCUAUUUGCCGGAAUGGGUGCCGCUGGUACUGGUGUAUCUGGCUACGUGGGUGGCAUGGACGGCCAUUACCAUUGCGGCGCUGCGGUUCGGCGAGGUCGGGAUGGAUAUCUUCAAGUCACUGAGGCCGCUGGUGCUUUGUCUGGUCCCUGCAUCUGAUUUCAACAUUCACAAGCUGAAGCGGAAGCGAGCAGAGCUCAGCGCCCAGGUGACGGAUUUAAUCAACACUCUCGGGCCUGAGAUGUUCCCCGACUUUGAGAAGACGCGGUUGGUUCCCGACUUUUCUAAGCUCGAGACGGGAGGAACUCAGACGUCCCCGACAGAGCACCGUCCCCGGCGAGACAGCGAGGCAUCAAGCGCGGGCCCCGAUAUGGAGACACCGCCGCCAUUGUCACGACGCAGCACGACACAGUCCAGCCGCUUGCUCCCUCGAAACGACUCGUUCAGCAACAUUGGCAGAGUUGGCAUCUUCUCUACACGGCCUCCGUCACGAUCAAGGAGUCGCUCCAACAGCGCGGGCGGUGGCUUUGGAUCCAGCGGAUUCCACAUCAGCGGGUUUACAACUCUUGACUCUGCUGAGGGUUUCAGCGAGGCCAGCCGUAAGAUUCGAGAGGCGAUGAAGGACAGGCGGAAGAAGUCUGACAAGGUCAAGAUGGAGGCUGGUGGAGAUGAAGAUGACGAUUCCUUUUCUCUUUUCUCUUUUUCUUUUCCCACCAUGCCGCCUCCCGCAGCCACGAACAAUAACACCAUCGGCAGCGGCAGCAACGCGCCUCGCAUGCCCGUGAAGCAGAAAAUGGCCGUGUCGCUCAAGUCGCUCGUGAGCUCGGUGCUGAGCGCGGUGCCGGGGGCCGCCGGCGUGGGAGCGGCCGUAUCGGGCCCGGCAUCGAGCGGGGGACCGGCGCGGCUCGAGUCCCUGUUUGCGCGGACCGAGGCCGAGGUGGACGGGGACGAGUGUCUACAUGAUUGUGAGAGCUGCGCGGUGAAAUACCCGCGGGGGUUCAAGGUGGAUGAGGAGGACGUGCUGUAUGGGCAGGUUAAAGGGUGGAGCACGCAUGUGCUUGUUGGGACGGGGAAGACGGAUUGGGUGCGGGAUGUUGCGGAUGAGAGGGGGAGCGUGAUGGAGGCGAUUCAGAAGGUUGGCGGGGUGACGAAUGGGAGACUCAUGCUGUCCGCCUCCAACCUCCCCACGCCUCACGACACCACCGACUACUCAGAGCCCACCACCGUUCUCCUCCUCCCAGCCUUCGCCAUCGUCCACAACGUCCACCCCCGCAACGUCCCCCAGCUCAUCUCAGACGUCGUCAACGUCGCUCCCACAAACUCCUCCCCCCUAACCCCCUGGCGCUCCGUCAUCCCUACCUCCCUCCCCAGCCCAGACGCCUCGCUGGCCGACCUCACUAUCAACGCGUGUCCGCACAGCGCCGUCGUGCUCAUGUGCAGCCAGAAGACGCGCGACGCGCGCUGCGGCCAGAGCGCGCCGUUGUUGCGAAAGGAGCUGGAGAGGCAUUUGCGGCCGUUGGGCUUGUAUCGGGAUUUGCAUGAUGAGAGGCCUGGUGGAGUGGGGAUUUACUUUAUUAGCCAUGUUGGUGGGCACAAGUACUCUGCGAACGUGAUGGUGUAUCGACGGCCGAAUGCGUUUGGGAAGGAUGACGAGCCGUUGCCGGAGGGCGUGGAGGAGGCGGCUGAGGCGAAGGAGAAGAAUGGGGAGGAGGAACAGGAGAAGAGUGAUGUGGGUGCUGCGCAGUGUAUUUGGCUGGCGAGGGUGCGGCCGGAGGAUUGCGAGAAUUUGGUGCGGUAUACGGUGCUGAAGGGGAAGGUUGUGAAGCCGGAGAGGCAGUUGAGGGGAGGGUUUGAUAGAGGGAGGGGGUUGAUGAGUUGGUGA